AUCCAACACACACACACACACACACACUUUUGAAUCACGUGGAGUAAGACAAUACCACGCGAUCCAGAUCUUCUCGAUAUCGGAGUAUAAGUCAAUCAUUGGACGAUACAGGUUUAAAUUGGGACCAAGACACAGAAAUGUUAUCUCAACACACUUAGUGGCUCAGUUUGUUUAGAUCUACUUCUUGGUAAGACAACCAAACAGCAUCGACUGCUCUCUACCAUGGGCUCCAGUGCCUCCACCACUCAGGCUGCUGAACGAAGGACAAUGUCAGCAGAUGGGAUCAGACCUGUGGAUAAAUUUCAUAGGAUGUCACUUCCGGCGUCUAUGGCAACCUACCACAGGAUUCAGUUACCUCCCCCACCCAGACCACUAGCAACAAGAAAGAAUGACAUAUUUCGAUUGGAGGAUUAUCGAUUUGUGGAUGAGUACGUGCUGCAGAUCCCUCCAGAGUUGAACAGAAGCACCUUUCGGGAGUUGGUCGAAUUCCUAACAGCACCACUGGAAGGGACCGAUUUAGAAAGAGUCCGUGCUAUAUUUAGAUGGGUGACGUCAGUUGAUGUCUUCAGUGUGCAGAUGGACACACCUCCUCCCAGAAAUUCACCAAUAGAAUAUUUUUACAAGAUACAGACCAACCAAGGAAACCACGCCCAUCUUCUAUCUGGACUAUGUCAAAUGGCAGGUCUCCCGUGCGUGGUCCUAAGUGGCAUGAAUAAAAGCGCUGCCUACGAGAUAGGCAAAAAAGCAGACCGGAACAAGAUGGGGGCCCAGUGGAACGCUGUGUAUGUAGAUGGUAACUGGAGGCUGAUUGAUGCAUUCUGGGCCUGUGCCUGUGUCGUGGGCAAGAAAUCUGGUGAAUGGACCCUUGUGGAUGCGGACGGAGACGUCCAGGAAGAUGAUGAGAAAGCUACCGAGGGAGUGACGCAGCACAGGAUCAAUGAGUUCUUCUUUCUCACAGACCCUGAUCACUUUAUCUUAACUCAUUUCCCAGACGAUCCAAAGUGGCAGCUUUUAGAGAAACCUCUGACAAUGAAGGACUUUGAAAACCAUUUCUACGUUCGGGAGUGCUUUCAUAUUCUGGGUUUGUCAAUUGUUAAAAGCACCAAGAAGAACUGUGUGGUGGAAACAGAAGACGGUGAGAUUGACUUUUGCUUUGGACUGCCACCAGGCAGAAGCUCCACCUACCGCUUCAAGUACAUGCUGUACAGGUCCCGCAGUGACCCCAUAGAACAAAAGGUCGACCUGUUCUUGGAUAGGUUCGUGAUGUUUGAGCAGCGCGAAGACCUUCUUAGGUUCGCACUCCGCUUUCCGAUCAAGGGAAGCUUCAAGAUGGACAUCUACGGCCUGGAUACGACUGACGGAGACGUGUUCGAUCUGUGCUGCACCUACAUCAUAAACUGCCCGCACGCCAAGCCUAACUGCCUCCCACUGCCGGACUGCCCUCCUCUCGGUUGGGGGCCGGUGGCGCAGACAAAAGAGGCCGGGCUGACGCCCAAGACCCACAAGCAGGCGGAAGUGACGUCGAAGGACGGCUACGUAGAAAUACGCCUGUCCAAAGACCGUGCCCUAGCAUUCCAUCAGCUGCUCAAGCACGCGGCUAUCGACGAGGCCACGCUCAGCAAGUACGUGGUCACGCAGUUUGAGAACGACGAGAUUGUGGUCUACCUCAGGCUGCCUCAGAAGGGCGAGUACGCCCUAGAGCUGUUCGCGCAAGGACUGGAAGAAGAAGGCGCGGCCUCCAACGCGCUGAACUACCUCAUCAACUGCAGCAACACCGAGACUGGCUCGCAGCCUUUCCCCAACGUGACCAAUGGGGUGUUGGGAAGAAACCACGUGACCUGCAAGAAGUUCGGCGUGGGCUCCGUCCAGCCGUAUCAAGGCAUGCUGGAAUCCAACGACGGGAAACUUUCACUCGAGUUCACAGCCGACCCCGACGUUGAACUGUUGGGGGAGCUGCACACCAACGACGGGAACGCCUUCCACAAAAUGUCCUCCAGUGUCACCAACAAGGGAGGCAAAUGGAAGUUUGAUCUGAACAUGCCGGUCAAGGGGGAAUACUCCAUCAACGUGUUCGCCCGCAAAAAGGAGGACGAUGGGAGACAGAUCUACAGUGUGUACUCUUACAUCAUCAAGUCAGCGGGAACAGGAGGAGGAGCAAAGGACGAACCCGAUGCCGAGGGUGAAAACAUGGACACGGCGGUUCCGACAGAGACUGUGGAAACAAGCGACGACGAGGUUAUGAUUCCAGUUCCAUACGGCUGCGAAAAGGCAGUUGCCACGGUCCACAGGAGAAACGGAAAUGACCCGCCUGACCCUAAACAAAUCGAGUUCUUGUCUGCAGACGACAUGAAUCUAGUCAAAGUCCAGUUGAAGGAUUACGGUGAAUAUAUGUUGAACAUUUACAGCCUGGAUGAGAACGCGAACUUGGUACAAAAUGUGGCGAAGUACCAAAUCAAUCGCAAACGUCCCGGCGAGCUUUACCAAAACAAUCUGAAAAAUAUUAUGGAAGACAUUACCAACAGCAGACAAAACACUAGCGAGAGUCUGGACAACAAGAAAGACAACUCAGAAGAGCAAAAUAAACGCCAAGCGAGAAAACUUCUACACAACGCCAUCGAUCUGAAAGACCCCCGCUCCCUGGAGGAAGCCAUAAAAAGGUGCAAAGACAGUGGAGUGCCUGAGAACGACCCGCUGUUUCUCAAAGCCAAACACCUGCUGGAGAUACUUGAGGUUAAAGAAGAACUCAUUGCAGCUACACAGAAGAGAAAUCUAGCUGUCCUUGACAAAGCAAUAGAACACGCUAAGAGCAUCAACUCUGGUCAUGAGUUGGACCUCCAGAUUGCGAUGGCCAUCAGGCUCAGAGAUCACCUGGCCAAGAUCGAGAAACUCCGACACGCUGUGCUCAACAUGGAAUCCAAAACAGUGUCGGAAAUCAAAUCCUACACCAAUCCACCUGAUGGGGUUCACCAGUGCCUUAUGGCUACGUUCCUACUCUUAGGUCAUCCAUUGAAAGAUUUAAACGCUUGGCCUCGGGUGCAAGCGCUAAUGGGAAAAACUGGUAAAGAAUCCAUCAUGAGAAAAAUCUCACAGUUUGAUGCCCAGGCAGUGCCCAUAAAGUCAGCGCAGACUGCAAAGAAGAUCAUCGAACCUUACAACAGGGAACAGAUCCGAGAUGUUAGUGCAGGCGCAGCAACUUUUUAUAUAUGGGCUGUUGGCAUGAUUGAAGAGGUUGAGUCCUAUGGUGGCUCUGAACAGAACGAUCCCAUGCGCCUCAAGAAGUAGCACGCUAAUGUCACGUGACAAAACUUGUUUCUAGUCUGUUGACAAUGUAAAGUCGUUUGAGAAAUGAUGUCUAUUGGUGUGAUAAUUUUUUACUGCAUUUAUUUACAAUGUACUUUUUGUCGUUGUUGUUUUUCUUUAUCGAAUUUUAAUUUCUUUUAUUGAAUGAGAUUAAGGAGUCAACAUUUAAUGCCGAUUUCUAUUUUGUUUUAUUAUUAUUAUUAUUUCAAGAGGUAUUUUAUUAUUACAAUUGUUUAGAAUAUGCUUGUAGUCAUUAUCUAGCACUUCAAUUCAUUGAAUAUACACAUUUGACUUCAUUAGAGUAACACCUUUAGUAAAAUCACUGAAUUUAGAAACCUUUCAUGAUAGAAGACUUCAAAGUAAAGUAGCAAUUAUACAUAAAACAUUAAACCAUAAUCUUCAAAAGUUCAAAUACAAAAUACUCAGAAAGACACAAAGAUAAAGGCACAUUCCUUGUUCCAUAUGCUAGGACAAAUUAGUACAAACGCUCCUUCUUUCCUAAUGCAAUUAGAGUGUUGGAAUGGGUUGCCUGAGUCAGCCAGGAAAACCAAUGACUUGGUAGAAUUUAGGUCAUCGAUUAGCAUACAUGACUAGAUUGACCUAGGAACACGCAAAGGACGUAAUCAUCUUCUUUUUUUGAAGUAACGUCUACAUUUCAUAAGAUAAGAUCGUGUGGUAGGCACUCUGGACUGGUUUCUUGAUGAUUCAGGGCUUAAACCCUGCACGUUGCCCACCGUCCUGAAGGACGUUUUUGCAAGCAUGUAGUAAUCUUCAAUUUUGAACGAAGCAGGACGUUUUUGGUACGGUGGCCGUUUAAAUGCAGCCGUAUUGUCACUGGACGUUUUGGCGAGAAAUAGUGUAGUCACAUUAUAAGAUCAUUUUGUUUUGUCAUUAUCAAGAAUGAAACAUAUUUAAGUUCUUUUAGGUGUGUUUGUGUUUAUAUUCAGUCGUCAUUUCUAUGUAAAAAAACAACAACAAUAUAUUUGUCUAUUAGAUUGGGACUUCAGUUUGUGUAAUUAUUAUUAUAUCACCAACAUUGCUCUACUUGUAUGACCGGAAAUUUUGGCCCACGGGGUUCGAACCCAGAAUCAUCUACACGACAUGUCCCAAGCUCAUACCACGCGACCAGACAGCCAUUCAUAGUUUGCAAUAUGUGAUCAUAAAGUAGUCAAAAUUUUAAAAACUCUUUUUUCGAGGGGUGGGGGGGGUGGAGAUUGUAUACUACAGUAGGCCCCUGGUCUUGCGGUUUGCGCGCUGGACUGUCGUUUGAACUUAUCGAUAGUCCCAGGUCAAACCCUGCCCACUCCCAUCCCCCUUCGUCCUGCGGGAGGUUUGGACUAGGAAGUAAUUAUCUUCAACUCUGAAGGAACAUCCGAAACAUGUAAAACAUUUUACAAACAUUUUUACCAUACCUACUUUGGUAUGGUAUAGUAUAUAUAAUUUUUAGCCUAUAAUCAAGAAUUGAAUUUCACGAGGGCCAGUAGUUAAACUUAUUUAUGGUAGUUAAUUUGUUUACUUGUUUCUAUUAAUGAAUCAUUCCAAUCCGUCCAUGUUUUAAUGUUUAAAAAAAAUUGUUUGUUUGUUGUUUAUUUUUUUACUAAUUCGAAACACAAAAUGUGAUAUUAUUGUUUAUAUCUGUGUACAGUGCAUGUGUAACGUAUGCUCCUGUUCCUUUCUUCAAUCGCCCCCCCCCCUCCUCCCGACAUCGCUUCGCCAUUACGCAUAGUUUUGGCGCUGCAUCAUGCAGACCAAAAAUAAAUAUGUAACUAAGAUUUGAAGCAUAUAUGACAUUGUGUAGGUCGAGAAUUUGUGGUUUCCCAGACUUCUCGAGACGGAGAUCAGCAAGUCUUGGGGCAGUCAGAAAGAACAUGAGCACAUAGAUCAUCAUCAUUUAUUUCACUGUUCAAGGAAUUUCUUUCUUGUAUGGCUCUUUUGACGUCACAAAUAUAGCUAGAGGUCCAACACGUUGUCAGAUUUUAAGAUCUUCUUUUUUAUACACGUGAAACGUUGCAACGGUCUUAGUUCUAGCUGUGAGUGUGGACCUUUUACCAAAAUAAGCCUAAGGCCUAAUUGAUUUUUCAGUAAUUUUAUGUCGUAGUAUUGAAUUCGCCCACUCUCUGAGUCUCUCUGUGGACAAGUGAAUUUGUUGUUAUUGUUACAUAGAUCUAGAUUCUAGAACUUGAUUUCUACUGCUACACUCAGUCUAUGAACACUAGUAAAUUUCCUGAACUUCGUUGCGACGUGGAUAGUUAUCUCAUUCCAUCUGUCUCUUGACUUUCGUCGUAGCGGUGCUGUGAAAGUUCGUGCAGCCAAAUUCCUCCACUUUUUCCCUCGUCAGCAGCUGUUCUUUGCAGGAUAUCUAGAGACAGGCCGGUCAGUUCUUUUACGUUAUCCAGCUUUUCUUUGGGCGACCUUUUCAUCGUGCUACCUCCACUGUACCUUGAAGGAUGAAUUGUUGAUAGUGAGUCAUGUCUUUCAGUAGCUGAUUCGUCUCUUCAGUGUAAUGGAGUUAUUACAAGUGUUGAUUUGUACUAGGCCUAGCUUAGGCGUCAACUUUCCUUGGCUGACACAGAAGAGAGCACCUGGUUGCAUGCGGCCUCAGAACGAGACAGCUGGAGGUCACUCACGAAGGCCGCGGGAUACACAUUUGAGACCAAACGAAAAUCUGCUGCCGAGGACAAACGCAGACGGCGAAAAGAAAAUCUAAAUCGACCACCUGUGGACAAUGAUUAUGCUUGCCCUGGAUGUGGCAAAAUAUGUAGGUCACAGCUGGGACUGCGCAGUCAUGGGGUAUACUCCAUUCCUCACUGAUCUUCGGACUUGAAGACUAGCCUUAUUAUUAGCCUACAAAUUCAUUUGUCUUCUUUUUCUGGUAUUUGAUAUUUAAGAGUGUGACGAAAAUUGAUUCUUUAGAUGUCAUUGCAUUACGUCAGUGAUGCCCAAAAUACGGCCCGCGGGGCAUAUCCGGCCCGCGACGUGGUUCAUUUCGGCCCGCCGAAAAGUCGACACAAAGCGUAGAAAAUCUCCCCUCCAAAAAAAGUCGAAAAAUUAUUAACCUACGUUAGGGCUCUCACAUUUUCUUUGAUGGAUUGGUCUGUGCGUUUAUGAAAUGUAGAAUCUACCAGGAAGAGUGUACGCAUUUUACUUUUUUUUUUGUGUGUGGAUAUUAAGAUAACAUAUUUGAUUUGUAAAGAAUAUGUGGAUGUUUAAA